AUGAUCGCGCGGGUUGCGGCCGAUAGUUUUCGCUCUUCAACGCCCUUGUCGCGAUGGGUGGCCGCUCCGUAAGUUUUAAUUUGGCGGUCCUCCUCGCUGCAUGUGGUCUGUUGAUAGCCGACGAUACCGGCGAUACUGCCGACGGACUAUCGCUGAUCAACGAUCCGCGUUGUUCGCCAUCGUUCAGCGUGAACCUCAGCUUGGAGAAUAGCGUUGACGGUGCGGCGUCGCGACUUUUGGAAAACGGCAGCUUUUUCUACGAUGGCAUCGUCUAUCCGGCUGAACUGCGCUGGACUGACGGCAAUGUCACUUAUGGUUGCAUUUGCAGAUUACGCAAUUGUAUCAGGAAAUGCUGCCGAGAUGAUGAGGUUCUCCGCAAUAAAUCGAACAAUUCCGAGAUAUGCCAGAAGAUGCCUCAGAACGAUACGGAGCUGAUAACCGAGAUACCACAUUUGCGUCUAUCGAGGAAGCAAAUGACCAAGGAGAUUCAACACAUUGAAAAUCUGAAGAAUCACUUCCACCUGGUGCAGGAUAAUGUCUGUCCUAGCCAGCAAUACUACACUAUCUAUCCCGAUGACGACAGUAACGAGCAGAUUAUUCUCCAGGCGAAUGGCAGCUUGGUGGACACUGCUGAUGGGAAGAUCUCUCCGUUUUGGAAUUAUUGCAUUGAUUGGAAGAUGACCGUCGAUCGAAUUGGCGUCUUGGUUUGCUAUACGCUGGAAGAGGAAGCAAAAGAUUUUCAUUAUCAUGUGGGCAUCAUGGUGUCCAUUCCAUUCCUCAUUGCCACUUUCUUGGUAUAUGCAAUUACUCCUGAGUUGAGAAACCUCUACGGCAAAACGCUCAUGUGUUAUGUCAUCUGCUUAAUUAUCGCCUAUGUCUUCCUGAUCUUGGCCAACUAUAUUUACCUGUCUCCAAUACGCGUGUUAUGCUUCAGCACAGCCCUGUUCAUCGCGUUUCACACGGUCUUUGUCGCGGCUGCCACUUUCGAAAGCGAUCAGGCAAAGGAAAAGCCAGAGGAAUCAAAAUGGAAGGAAAAUUUUAUCGUCCCUCAUGUUUAUCUGGAGAAAACGAUUGGCAUCGAUGGUGACAGCUCCGGGAAGCCCCGCAUGUCGCUAUGCUGUCGUGUCGGCACUUUCCUCAACGGAGACAAUUGCGUGGAGGCCACCAUGAACGGGACGGAAGCGGUACAGUUGCCAGUGAUCUACGAAAUGGAUCUUAUAUCGGCGAAUGUCACUGCAAGUGACAAAUAUUUUGAUUUUGUAAUAUGGAAUCCAUGUGCUGGUAUGAAACGAUAUUCUUUGAAUCCGCGUGUAUACAAGGACGACGAAUGGUAUCUACUGUCCAAUGGCUCCAUAAUACUACCUCUGUCUGAAGAGCCGGAGGAACGUCUCCUCGACUAUUAUCAGUACUGCCUGGCGCGGGUGGAAAGUUAUGAGUAUCCGGAAUAUAUGGUGUUCUUCUGCGAUGAAGCGAUCGAAGACGACGGCGGGAUCAUAUAUUCCUCUGGGAUGCUCGCAUCCGUCCCGUUCCUGGUCGUCACAUAUGUUAUCUACUGGUUACUGCCCGAGCUGAGGAAUCUGCAUGGUCUGACAUUACGCGGAUACGUCGGCUGCCUAGCGAUGGCGUACAGCAUACUGGGGGUGUUGCAACUGACACCGCAGGAACAAAUUCCAAACGGCAUCUGCAUCGCAAUCGCUUUCAUCAUCCACUUCUCGUUUUUGGCAAGCUUCUUCUGGCUAAAUGUGAUGUGCUUCGACAUUUGGUGGACAUUCGGGGGAUUCCGUUCGUUACAAGGAAGCGUAAAACAACGAGAGAGAAAAAAAUUUAUUAUAUAUUCAAUUUACGCGUGGGGAAGCGCUUCCCUUCUCAGUAUCAUUUGUGCCAUCAUGGAUUUCGUUCCCAGCGUGCCAAAGGAAUUGAUCCGACCGGAAAUUGGUGUCACAAAAUGCUGGUUCAAUACGGACGAGGCGAGGGCGUUAUAUUUUUAUGGACCCAUGGGUCUCACCGUUAUCUGCAACAUUUGCUUGUUUAUCUCUACAGCAUUAAAAAUUGUGCGUCACAAGAAGGACACAGCUCAUCAUUUGAGAGGCUCGGAAAGCAGACGCCACGAUGACAAUAAGCAGUGGUUUAAUCUGUAUCUGAAGUUAUUCAUCGUGAUGGGCAUAAACUGGUCUAUGGAAAUAAUAUCAUGGCUAUUCAAAAAUGCGCCGCCAUCCAUCUGGUAUCUCACCGAUCUGACAAAUACUCUGCAAGGUCUUAUCAUCUUCAUUAUAUUCGUAUGGAAGAAGAAAAUAAAGCGGUUGCUGUUAAAGCGUUUCGGUUGUCAGGAUCGCGAUUUCUUCUCCAGAAACUCAACACGCAGUGGCAAUCACAGUUCAGCUUCGCGUACCUGCACUACUACAUCAGGCAUAAUGUCUCUGCAGGAGAAGGUCAAUCCUUAUGUGCAAACAAAUUGCCGCGCGAAAAGUUCAUCCGAUGAGGUUGAUCCUUGAAUGUUGCAAUGCAAGAGAAAGAUUGCACUAUGUGGAAUAGAAAUCGAUGAUUAUAAUGUGACCAGGUGGUGCCGUAAUUUAAUUCUCCACUCGAGAAUUAAUUUUACAUUGCUUGCGUUGAUCUCUCUUAAGAACACCAAAAUUGGUGUUUUCCACCUCUCUUUUUUUAUUUCUUUAAAAUGUACUUACAAGUUUUUUUAUCUCUUUUACAAUCCAAAGAUGAUUAAAGAAAUUAAUUAACUCAGGUAGAAAGGUAUCGUCUAUUUGAUUGAAGUAAUUAAUUAAUCGUUCUCGACAAAUCUGACGUCCUACCAUUGUAAAAAUAACGUAGAUUUGUUACAACCACAUAACGUCAUACAAACCGAUAUCAAAAAUAUGUUAUUUUCGUGCUAUUAAUGGCAUAAAUAAAUAACGUUAUUAAUUGAUCACUAUAAUGUUACCAAUAUAUCGUCGAUUAGUCAUUUAUCUAAUGUCAAUAAGUAUGACGUUAUAAAUACGUCGUAGAAUGGAUAAAUGACGUCAAUGUAUAAUUUAAAAUGACUAACUAUUGACGUCAAAAUAAUUACAACUUGCUACCUGCGAAAUUACUUGCGUCUAUUAUCGUCUUCAUUAAAAUGAUAAAAGCAUUAUUGUGUAUCAUAUAUAUUGACUGCCGUAUGCCGUAAUUUUGUAUAAAUUUU